UAACACGUCAUUCUAAAGGCAUUUUUGUUUGCAAUUGUUUUGAUCAUUUUAAUAGAGUUAAUUGUUAAUUGCUUUAUUGGAUUACAUAAAAAUAUAAAUUAUUGUGUUAUGCAUUGUUGCAAUUAAUGGAAAUUACUUUAAAUUGUCCUAAUUAUAAGAAGACUUAUUUGUUUUCAAUAGAAACAUAAGAUAAUCAGUUGUAAUUAUAACCUCAAAAUUACUUCCUAAACAUGCAAAACAACAAAAAGUAUUUGUUCGAUAGAAUUGGAACUGUUACCGAUAUGAAUGGAUUUGAUAAAGCAGAAAUUGAAUUUGAUUUAAAUAAUAAAUGUGAGAAAGCCUUAUUAAAGAAGGAGAAAUUUUAUUAUUAUGGAAAACCGGUUCCAGAAGAUGAACAUCUUAGUGACUACAUUAUUCUAGGAUCGAGGGUAAUAUUUUCUUGUCAUGUAUUAAAUAAUCAAGAAAGCAAUGAUGGACAACAUAUUUGGUAUAUUGUGAUAUGUCAGAACUACGAAGAAAAACCUAAUCGACAAUUAAAUUUAAAAACAGGCCUUGUAAAUAUGUCGGGAUGUGUCCGAGAAGUUCAUAAAAGACAUGGUGUACUUUAUACGGAUCACAAUCCAGAUAAGAAUUCAAUGAUUUAUUUUUUAGCCAGCAAAUUUUACAUUGAGGGCAAAAGAUUUUCAUCGUCCAGAUCACUUAAUGAAGUAUUACAAAUAAAUGAUAUUGUAUUUUUUGACGCAAUUCCAUGCAUUCCAGAAGAAAACGAAUUCCAAUGCAACUGGUUUGCUAUCCUUGUCUUUAAAGGCAAACAUCCAGAUAUAAAGCCUAAGCAACAACAAAAAUCAUAUAUCUACGACUGUAUUAGUCGAUUUACAAAUGAGGCUCGAACUGUGUUUUUCUUUGGGACUGGGACUGUAAUGAAUAUUUUCAACGAAGACUUGGGAAUUAUUCUUGGACAAUUCAGACUUAAUCAAUUUCAAACAGUAUUAUUUCAUCGAAAAAAUGCAUUCCUAUUUAAAGUGUGCUUAGCUAACGUCGAUUUAAAUCAGAUUUUUGUUGAGGGUGACAGUGUCAAUUUUAUUGCUGUAGGAGCACCAAAGGGCUUUGUAACAGAUUGGGUUGCUAUUCAGGUCUCAGUUUUCAAUAAUACAGAAAAGGACAAAAAAUUUUUGUGUUAUCAAAAAAGAGUGGCUGCUAAUGGUAACGAAGUCACUUCUUACAAAUAAAUGUAAACGCAAUUAAGAUGAAACUACUUUUUUACAUAGAUUUUAUAAAUGAAGUGAUAAUUAUUAGAUAUUAAGCGUGAAGUAUUCAAUUGUUUACUUGACUUCCUUUACUAAUGAUAUUUGAAUAUAUUGAAUAUAUUCAUUUAAAUGUGUGAUAUUUUCUAAUGUUAAGAAGUAUCGUUAAGAGUUAUUGUUUCAAAGAGUGAGAUUUAAUAAGUCAAUAACAAUAUAUUAAAUAUAUUAAUUAGCAUUAAAAAUUAUUCAAUUAAUUAAUGUUAAUUAUAUAUUAAAUAUUCUAUAAGAUUAAAAAGCCUGUUCAUUAAAGGAGUAUUAAAAUUUUUGAUAACAAUAUAGUGUGAUUUAAACGAAAGUACAAAAUAAUGAAACAAUAAUAUAUCUAGAUUCAACUUGGAUGUUGAAUGUAAACACAAUACGUUUAAGCCUAAAUGUUCAAUUAUUUUCUUGAAAAAAAAAAUAUUGUAACUCAAAGUCUUCUUACAAUUGUCAUUGUACUACUAUUGCUACUGAUGUUCUUCUAUUAACCAAUGUUAAGACUUAAAUAGACUUCAUAAAAUAUAUUUUCGUUAAAAAAAAUGUAAUAUUUAAUUCAUUAAAAAUAAAAAAAAGGAAUUUCUUUUUUAAAAAAUAAAAA